GAAAUCGACGAAGAAAGUUUCAAUUAUUUGCCUGAUGGAACUACUUUCAUACUGUUGAGAAGUAAUGAGAAAUGGAGAAAACCAGAAGGUACCAUUUUAUUAAUUUUCCACAUAAAUUUUCCUUGCAUAUAAAUAAGUAAACUAAACACUUGCAAAAUCUCCGCCAAGCCCAUGAAAGAGAGGUUUUUUAAGAGACCUCUUAAAUUAGCAAGAGUUUAAACACAGAACUACUUAAAAAAAAAUGUUGUUUAUUGAAUGAAAGAAAAACAAUUAGCAUAUUUUAGGGUCACCAUAUACAGUUAUGUUGUCUGGAAUAUGUGUAUUUUGUUUAUAAUGAUAAUAAAAUUUUACCUUCAAAGGUAUAUAUUAUUUUGGUUGUCACAAUUAUAAUGGCUGCCCCUAGCGUUGUGUGACAUCCAAGAUAUUAAAGGGCUGUGAAAGGGACUAGGAGAGAAGUUGUGAAGGAACGAAAUUGUUUAGUAGUCAUCAUUUUCAGGUUCCAUUUUGUUGUGCAGUCCCUGUCAUUUAGCAGAUUAUUAGGAAUUAAGCGUUUGUGACACUAGUGACUACACAGGGUUUUCAUAUUUGACUUUUCAGCUACAUGCAGUUUAAUAGUCACAUUUGCAGUACAUACGAUAUCAUAAUAAAAUGUUCUAAGUAUUUCUCCUUUGUUUUCAGACAAAGAUGAGCCAUCCACCGCACCCACUACCAUGUCUACCUGUUUGUCCACCAAGUCAACUCAGCGAACAUUAUCAAAAGAGAGUCUAGGGAAACUUGGACCCCCAGUUGAGGUAAUUAAAUCUUUAAUUAAAACCUUUUUUAUUUUACCUGUUCAAGUUAGCUGAUUUCAGGGGUUAACCUACAGAUCUGGACCUAUUAACUUUUCUGGGACAUAGUUGUGCUAGAUCAGUUAUUCGUGGAAUUUUGUUGUGGCAUUUUCCAGGACUAAAAAGUCUGCUGGAAAACGAAUGAUUAAAUUGGUAGGUCCUGGAAAGUCCUGGAAAUCACUAAAUUUAAGUAAAUGUAAGUGACACUAAAAAAAUGGCACAAAAUAACUAACUCAGGUGGAGGAAAUUCUCACAAAGUGCGAAAAAGAUGUGUUGAAGAACAAUUAGCUUGUCUAUUUGGAGUCUGGAAAAUCUUCAGGAUUCCUGGAAAAGUUCUGGACAAUUGCUUUUGAAAAAGAGUACGAACCCUGGUUAUUUGUCAUCAUAAAUUUAAAAAAAAGUAAUGUUCCACUUGUGUUGCUUUUUAUACAUGUACAUGCUGUUUGGAGAAGAUGAACUUGUAAUAUUAUCAUGAACUACACAGUUAAUUAAGCAAUGCAUAAGUUUGAGUUCAAGUUUGAAUUAGAAUGCGCAUUUGAGUUCAGGUCGAGUUGAAAUUCCUAUAAAUCCCAAUAUAAAGGGUAACGUACCAAAAUAUAGUGUAAGCUAACUUAGGCUAACCGGAGUGCUAUUUAUGCUAACUGAAGUGCUAAAACUGAAACUUGUCCCAUGAAUGAUAAUUAAAUUGUAUACUUGCCCGUAAUAUUCAUGUUCACUUACCAAUUAAGAGUGGUUGAAACAGUUUAUAUAUUCUACUUUUAUAUCAGGGAAUUAUAAUUGGUAAAUAAUUCCCUGGUUCCAAUGAUUUUGUGAUCAUAGAUUAGCCAAGAGGACAUACUUAAAGAACAGUUGAAUGCAACAGUUGAUGUUGAGGAAAUACGGAAGGGUAGCCAAAUAUAUGGCAAGGCUGGGGUUUCUGACACACUGACGUCUUACCAGAGAGCCAUCAACCAGGCAGCAUUCGAACUAUGUUCAGCAAAUCCAGUAUUACUGAAGCAUAAAGGGGACCUAUUGCAAGCAGCUAGGAAA